GGCGCACCGCUUCUCGUCGAGACAUCCACUUCACAGUCGAGCGACGGCCACCGAACCAACCGGAGCGACGUCCAGGUCCAGCACGUCCUCGUUCCUUCGAAUCGAAACGCGCGAAUGCCGCAUCCGCUCAUCGCGGAAGACCCCCGACCAGGCCAGUGGAGCCCGAUGUCCCGGCGAUCGGUUUGAAUAGCGCGCGCGAUGGACAGGGACCCGUCGGGAGCGGCGCCGAGAGGCGUUUCGCCGAAGAAGCCGCAGCAAAAGCACCCCGCACGGCCGAACUGCACCGUCGGCAUCAACCUGGUGAUGUGUGUUUUGUGCUUGGUGAGUGUAUCGUCGUCGGUGUGGCGGGAGUUCGAUAUGCGAGGUAGACUGUCGACGUUGGAGGAUAGGGUGGCUUACUUGGAGAUCAGAACUGAUUCUUCGCCGCAGAAGGGCGUCGAGGGGUUGUUCGAGCGGUACAGGAGAGAGGCGGUCUAUCAUCUCAAGAGGAGGGUGCUCAGAGAUGUCACCGCCGACGGACGAAGGAUUAGGGAUGUACCUGAAUGUAUUUGUCCUGCAGGUCCUGCAGGUCCUCCGGGUCCUCCGGGAGCGCCCGGGAAGCGAGGGCGUAAGGGCAAGAAGGGCGAAUCCGGCGAAGCCGGACCACCCGGGGCAGCAGGAACGCCGGGCAAAAAUGGCUUUCCGGGCCAGACUGGUUCGCGCGGAUUUCCCGGUUUUCCGGGACCGAUCGGGUUGGAUGGACCAAAGGGAGAACCAGGCAGGCCUGGCGAGAAGGGCCAAAAGGGCCAGACGGGCUCGGCGGGAAUCGACAUGAUCCAGGCCGUUAAGGGCUUGCAAGAAAGGGGGCAUAACAUUUCAGGCGAAGUUUUGAUAACGCUUAAAGGAGAACCAGGAGAACCGGGUCCGCCGGGCCCCCCGGGUCCCCCGGGCGGCGAGGGCAUGCCCGGCCACGACGGUAGGCAAGGAAUGGCCGGCGAACCGGGCCCGGCCGGCGAGCGAGGGGAACCCGGCCCCAUGGGACCGCCGGGUCCUCCCGGAUUGGACGGCAUGAUCGGCCCGAAGGGCGACAAAGGGGACAAGGGCGAACGAGGCUUAACCACUACCUUGACCGGCGACCAAUUCCCCACAGGUAUCAUAGAAGGCCCGCCCGGACCUCCAGGUGCACCAGGUGAGAAGGGCGAAGCGGGACCCGUUGGACCUCCAGGAGCGCCCGGAGAAAAGGGCUCCAGGGGCAGGAGAGGCAAAAAGGGUCUAGAUGGAGAUACGCUUAAUAGGGGCCCUCCGGGACCCAGGGGCGAAAUGGGGUGGCCCGGUACCAAGGGCGAAAGAGGCUAUAGGGGGUACGCGGGCAACCCAGGUCUGAAAGGUGAGAUUGGAGUGACGGGCCCGCCGGGUAUACCAGGAAAAGACGGCGAAACAGGCCUACCAGGUCCUCCAGGUUUACCGGGAUCGACUGGUGAAAAGGGCGAAAAGGGCGACUACGGGGAUAUCGGACCUCCGGGUCUUAUGGGACCACCAGGACUACCGGGACCUCCUGGUUAUCCCGGCCAGAAGGGCGAGAAAGGAGAAAAGGGCGAUUCGAAGUACAAAAAGCUGCGAAGGAGACAGGGCGACGGCACCGGCGACUUCUUCACCGGCGAAAUGAUUAUGGGACCACCUGGACCGCCAGGACCGCCUGGACCUCACGGUUUGCAAGGUCCUCCGGGAAUAAAGGGCGAUAAAGGUGCUGACGGAUUGAAAGGGGACCAAGGAGAGAAGGGUUCCAAAGGUGAUCCUGGACCGAUGGGUUUACCAGGUCCUAUGGGUUUGAGAGGGGAAAGCGGAAGACCCGGCGAUUAUGGGAAACCUGGCCCGAUGGGUCCCCCCGGGUUAGACGGGAUGAAAGGGGCACAAGGGGAGCCCGGAAAUAAAGGAGAACGAGGUGACCCGGGUCUUCCGGGUACUGAUGGUAUUCCUGGGCAAGAGGGCCCCAAAGGCGAUAAAGGUUACAAAGGCGAUGCCGGCCCGCUGGGUAAAAGAGGAAGAAAAGGCGAUAAAGGCGACAAAGGGGACCAAGGAGUACCCGGUUUGGACGCCCCAUGUCCUUUGGGCACCGAUGGGCUACCGUUACCUGGAUGUGGCUGGAGACCACCGAAAGAGCAGCCGCGUCCGGCGCCGCCGCCGCCCGUCCACGUGGACUUCGACGAGGAGGAGGCCGUCGACGAGGGCGACGACUACGAGGAGGUGGAGGGCGAGGAUUACGACGACUACGCCGAGAUAAACCAGGCGCUUCCCGCCGACAUCUAACCGUACUAACCCCGAUAUCGCUGGUUCUAGAUCAGGCAUUAAUAUUGAAUCAUUGAAUCACCCCCCCGCAGGACUUUUGCAGUACUUAUUGUGAAAUAAGUGGUUUGAAAUGUUGUACAUAUAGUGUUUGUUCCCUGAGACUCUAGGGAUACCUAGUGAUUUUCUUCAGUUGUGUCAAACUUUAAAUUUUUGCAUGUGAAAGGGUAAAUUUCUGUACGAGGUGUCUCAUCAUUUUCGGUUAUAUUUUUUAUGGAUAAUUUAGCGUUUAAAAAUAAUGAGACGCUUUUUUUAGGCGCUGUUAAUUGCAGUAGGUGUAAUUUUAAAAUGUCCAUAUAAUUUAUACUAAAUGUAAAUAAUUAUUCUUAGAUCAAUUACUAAUAUUUUAUAAUCGGUAUACCUAUGUUUGUGUUUUUAUAAAAAAAAAUCAAUAGAAGAGACAAAAAUUAUUUACGAAUUUGAUGUUGUACAUUUUUUUAAAUAAAAUAUAAGAGUUUUU